AAAUUCCCCAAAGAGCUGCUCUGGUGGCUUAUAUAGUUGUCGAUUUGGUGCCACGAUGAGAGGUAUAAUUCUGGGUCUGUUACUGCUGCAAGUCCUGGCGGCUUGCGCCCUGAAUUGUCAACCCUGUAAAUUGCUAGAGGCGCGUAGGACCCAUGCAAAUGAAACACAAACUCAGCCCAGGGGAUAAGAAAUUAAAGGAACUUUUAUGUGUGUGUGCAAAAUAAUUGGCAUAGACUACGCAAUUAACACAACUUAAAAAAUAAUUGCUUGUCUCUAAUAACCCUUGUUAUUGCUUUCAUAUGGGACCUUGCUACAGGAAAACACCAAUCGAUUUCUGACCAAAUUCUAGUGAAAAGCAUCCCAAAUACAAACAGAAAAGAAAGUAAUGCAUUUGGAAAUUUUUUCAACGAUUGAUCGCUGAACUGAAAAAUUAAUUAAACAAUUGAAAUGUACACUGAAAAUGAAUAGGAAUGCUGUAAACAUACAUAUGUACAUUCAUAUAUCU